AAAAUUAGUAGCAGAUUGUCACACCGCAGACGAUUCUUGUAGGAAUAAUGUGUGCAAAAUCUGUUCUCGUUUGUUUAGUGUUCGUUGUGGUGGCCAACGCCAAGCACGGCGAUGAUGGAUGUGAGGGAGUCAGUUGUCCGAUUGUAGACAGUGCCAUCGAAAACCUGGAGAUGCAAUACAGCGACCAGCUGUGCCGCGCCAUUAACGAAAUAAGGUGUGGUCAGCAUCACAUAGUUGGUGACGAGCAGAUUUGUGGAACAAACGGACAUACGUACCCUGAUCACUGCCACUACGCAAAGGCUCGGUGUAACCACCAGAGACGUCCGGAUGAAUAUCCGCGUGUAGAGAUCGCCAACCACGGCGCAUGCGCAGACACCACCACUCUUGCAGUUGACACGAUGACAUCAGCAAUGCCAAUUGUCACCGCAUCACCGAUGCCCGAUGCUCAGACAACAGCGACUGAUAUGCCCAUUGCGCAGACGACAAUGACGGAUGCCCCAACGCCACCGACGACAACUGUUUCUUCCCAUCAGAUCAUCAACAAUGUCUUCUGCUCAAACGCUAACUACAUAUCGUGCACCAACAACUUUUCCAUCGUAUGUGGUUCAGACGGAAUCAUCUAUCCAAACCACUGUGAGAUGUUGAAAGCCCAGUGCUUUGACCAAACCAUCAAAGAAGCUGAUAUGACAACCUGUCCCAUUCCGGGUGCUGAUCUUGGGCAGACCAUCCUCGUGUAGUAACAAUUCCUGCCUCAAUUUGUCGUUGUUAAAUUGUAAAAUAUACACAGCAAACUAUU